AUGGAUCGUCCGUUCAAAAAGGUCGUAAUUGUCGGAGCUGGUCCGUCUGGACUACUGCUGGCUCUCCUGCUUGCAAAGCAUGGCAUCCCCGUACACAUCCUCGAGGCCCAGGAUCACCUCGACCAGCAACCGCGCGCUGCUCAUUAUGGACCAGCUGCCAUCCCGGAUCUCCAGAGAGCAGGAAUUCUGGAAGAGGUACGGCGUCGAGGCAUGACGCUGAACACCUACUCCUGGCGUCGUUUCGAAGACCACAGUUCUAUUACCGGAUUCAACGUCAGCGUUCUGUCCGACGUGGACGGCGAGGAUCUGCAAACCACUUGUCUUGUACUUCAGGAGCUGGACCAGCUGAUGCUCGAUGAGUUCUUGGGCAAGUACAAUGGAACUAUCAGCUGGGAGCAUCAGGUGGUCGGUCUAGGACAGGACAAAGACCAAGCAUGGGUGGAUGUCGAAACCCCGAAAGGUAGACAGCGGAUUGAGGCCGACUACAUCGUCGGCUGCGACGGUGCCAACAGCGCUGUGAGGAAGGGCUUGUUUGGCGAAGAAUACCCCGGGUGGACAUGGGAUACCCAGAUCGUCGCGACGAACACGUACUACGACUUCGAGGGCAAGUUCGGUUGGGACGAUGCCAACUUCAUCAUCCACCCCGAGCACUUCUUCAUGGCGGCCAAGAUCACGAAUGACGGCCUGUAUCGCGUGACCUACGGCGAAGAGCCCAAUCUAUCCCACGAAGAGCUGAAGGCACGCCAGCAGAAGAAGUUCAAAACAAUGUUACCCGGACACCCAGAUCCUGAUGAAUACAAAGUCAUCAACUUUGCGCCGUACCGGAUGCACCAACGCUGUGCGUCGAAAUUCCGGGUCGGGAGGUUCCUCUUGGUCGCCGACGCCGCACAUCUGUGUAACCCCUGGGGCGGCCUCGGCAUCACGGGAGGCUUUGUAGAUGCUGGGGGGUUGUACGACUGCCUUGCCGGCAUCUGGGAUGGCGUGGCUGACGACAGUAUCUUGGAUCUGUACUGCGAGAAGAGGCGGGAGAAAUGGAGGACGGUGAUUGACCCGAUUUCACAGGAGAAUUUCCGCAGGGUUUCGGAUAAAGAUCCGGACACAAGGCUGGGGCGGGAUGAGUUUAUGCGGCUGUGCCAGCGCGCUCAAAAGGAUGAGAAUUUCAUGCGGGAGCUGAUGAUGGGAAGCUUGGAUGUGAGAUAUGACUUUACUCUGCAUUACAGGAGGUGA